UUGCCAGCGGGCACGUUGGGAUUUCUUCAAAACAUUUGUUGUUUUUUUUUUCCUGCUGACUUCUAACUUUGUGAGUGACUGAUGAUUGCUUCCCCAUAAUGCCUCUGUCCACGCAAUCUCAAAGUCAAGAUGAACAGUAUGUUCUGGUAGCCAACUUGGAUAACGCUCGCAAUCUCUCCAAUAUCCUGAAAGCCAUCACCUGCAAGGACCACGCCGUCUUCACAGCAACAGCAAACGGCCUGAAGGUCACAGUGGAGGACUGCAAAUGCAUGCAAGCCAAUGCCUUCAUUCAGGCAGAUAUCUUUCAAGAGUUCACAUUAAAAGAAGAUAUGGUUAUUUUUCAAGUUAAUCUUACUGUUCUGCUCGACUGCCUGAAUAUCUUUGGAGGAAGCACAGCGGCAGGAGCAUCAACGGCUCUGCGAAUGUGCUACAUGGGGUAUGGUCAUCCUCUGACAUUGUUCCUGGAGGAGGGUGGUGUAGUGACCGUCUGCAAAAUUAACACACAAGAACCAGAAGAGCCAAUUGAUUUUGAGUUCUCCAGCUCCAAUGUCACAAACAAGGUCAUUCUUCAGUCAGAGAGUCUAAAGGAAGCCUUUUCUGAACUGGACAUGACCAGCGAGGUGCUGCAGAUCACCAUGUCCCCCAGCCAGCCGUACUUCAGGUUGUCCACAUUUGGAAACUCUGGAAAUGCUCAUUAUGAUUACUCCAAGGAUUCAGAUAUGAUGGAGCUUUUUCAAUGCAGCACGACACAAACCAACAGAUACAAGAUGUCCUUACUAAAGCCGUCCACCAAAGCCUUGGCUAUAUCCUGUAAAGUCUCAGUGAGGACAGACAGCAGGGGCCUUCUUUCUUUGCAGUACCUGGUCAGGAAUGACGAUGGUCAGAUCUGCUUUGUGGAAUAUUUCUGUUGUCCAGAUGAAGAGGUAGAGGAGGAGUAACAGCUGAUUUGUUAAAUUGAGUAACAAUGUUUAUAUUUUAGCACAAUUAACUUGUUCAUAUUUAUUUUUUGACACAUGUAAGAUCAUUGCCCACCCAGUCCUGUCAUGUAUCUGUAUGUAGUUUUGCCAAAGUCAAACUCAAAAGUUCUGGGUUGAGUAAAUUCCAUUUAUGUUUAAUGUGUUAAUAUGGAAAUAUUUAUGCAGGGAUUCACAAGUAUCUGUUCAUGAUGAUUCUUUGUACAGCAAAUAUUUGACUCAUCUGACACAAAAUGGACCCCAGGUGAAAUUAGUACACUGAGGAAAAACAUACUUUUUUGCAGUACACAUUCAAAGUACACCGGAAAAUUAUAUAUUUUUUAAUACAAAACAAUUUAUAUCAAGCUUGGUUUAUAUAACAGCAUGUAUUUUUUAUUAAAAAGGACUGUAAAUACUUAA